UUUCCUCUCGUUUCCCUCUUCCCAAACACCUCGCUUUCUUCUCUCUCUCAACUUUUCUCUCUCCUGGUUCGUCUGAAUUCAGAGCUUAACGAGGAAACAACAUCGUCAUAUAAUCAGCUAGAACCAGGUGUUGUGAUCACCCAAAUGCGUUUCAAUUGACGAAAAUGACACUGCUCAGUAGAUUCUUUUACAAAAGACCCCCUGAUGGGUUACUUGAAUUUGUUGACAGAGUAUAUGUUUUCGAUUCGUGUUUUUCCACCGAAGUAUUGCCCGAGGGAAUGUACCAAAUAUAUUUACAUGAGAUCAUUAUGGAAUUACAUGAGGAAUUCCCUGACUCGUUGUUUCUCGCAUUCAAUUUCCGCGAGGGCGAAAAGCGGAGCCAAUUCGCGGAAGUAUUAUGUGAAUAUGAUGUUACUGUCAUGGACUAUCCUCGGCAGUACGAGGGUUGCCCCCUCCUCCCAUUGUCUUUGAUUCAGCAUUUUCUUCGCGUUUGUGAUAAUUGGCUUUCGCUUGGAAAUCAGCAGAAUAUUAUCCUUGUGCAUUGUGAGAGAGGGGGUUGGCCACUCUUGGCCUUCCUCUUAGCUAGCUUUUUGAUUUUCAAGAAAAUUCACAGUGGGGAACGCAGGACUCUCGAAAUUGUUCAUCGAGAAGCUCCCAAAGGUUUCUUGCAGCUCCUUUCACCUUUGAACCCAUUGCCGUCUCAACUUCGUUAUCUCCAGUAUGUGACAAGAAGAAAUAUAGCUCCAGAGUGGCCGCCACCUGAGCGAGCUCUUUCUUUAGACUGUGUCAUUCUUCGGGCUAUUCCAAGCUUUGAUUCCCAAAAUGGCUGUAGACCUCUUAUUCGUAUUUUCGGUAGGAAUCUCCUUAGUAAGGGCGGGCUUACAACCCAAAUGUUAUUCUCUAUGUCGAAAAAGAAGACACUCCGGCACUACCGCCAGGCAGACUGUGAUGUGAUCAAAAUUGACAUUCAGUGUUUGGUUCAAGGAGAUGUCGUACUGGAGUGUGUCCAUUUGGACUUGGAUCCAGAAAGGGAAGUUAUGAUGUUCCGUAUAAUGUUUAACACUGCAUUCAUUCGUUCCAACAUAUUGAUGCUGAACUCUGAUAACUUGGACAUUCUUUGGGAUUCAAAGGAGCGCUAUCCAAAAGGAUUUCGGGCUGAGGUGCUGUUUGGGGACGUAGAAAGCAUCUCUCCACCUAGGGCUCCUACAACAAUUUUAAAUGGGGAGGAAAAAGGUGGGUUGCCCAUUGAAGCUUUUUCAAGGGUUCAAGAACUAUUCAAUGGUGUUGAGUGGGUUGAUAAUAGUGAUGAUGCUGCACUGUGGUUGCUUAAACAACUCUCCGUCUUGAGUGAUGUGAAAGAAUUGUCGAGGUUUCAACAAAGAGCAAGUUUAUACUCGCCUGUGGAUUCAGAGGAAGAAAACAAUGCAUCUAGUACUGCUGAUAGUGCUGAUGAAGGAUUUGAUGUUGCUUCCAAGACUUCAGUAGAUUCUGCAAAGCCAUCGAUACUAGAUUUAGUUGAUUCAAUUCCUUCAUCUUAUUCUUAUGAAAAUGAGGGUCCAAAUGAUGCCAGCCUUGCAGUAGAGUCGCUAGAUCAAGUGUUAGUUGAAUCUCUUGAUAAACAAACAUCAUCUCCCAGUGAAGGAUCUCUAAAUCUUUUACCCACUACACCAUCACCUUCACUGCCUCCUUCCUCUCAAACGCCAACUCUUCAGCAUCCAAUAUCUACACCAUCUGUGCCAACAUCAGCGACACCACCACCACCACCUCCGCCUCCUCCUCUGCCUUCAUUUAAUGCUGGUAAUGUUCCUCAACCGCCGCAACCACCUCCACCUCCUCCACCUCCUCCACCUCCUCCACCUCUUAACUUAGGUAGAGAUUCUCCUGCACCAUCUUUGGAUUCUAGUAAAGCCCCACCACCACCACCACCACCACCUUGUUUUAAUUUGUCUAAGCCCGUCCCACCAGCUCCGCCACUUCCCCCUUCUAAAUCUAGUAAACAAUUCGUGCUGCCAUCGCCACCGCCACCGCCACCGCCACCGCCACCGCCACCACCAAUGCCAUCAUCAAUGGGAAAAGGAACUACCAAGUUACAAUCGCCGCCUCCACCACCACCGCUGCCGCCUAUCCAAAGUUCAAUUCGUCGGGCACCACCUCCACCACCCCCUCCACCUCCUGCAAGCAGUACCCAUGGUAAUGCCACUAGACCACCCCCUACACCUCCGCCGCUGCCACCACCUUCCGGUAACACUACUAGACCACCACCUCCAGCUCCACCUCCCGGUAAUACUACUAGACCACCAUCUCCACCUCCACCUCCACCUCCACUUCCUUCAGGACCUGCAAAAUCAGCCCCACCACCUGCACCUCCACCGCCACCGCCACCACCCACUGGUAAAACUACUAGACCACCUCCACCUCCUUCUGGACCCACAAGAUCAGCCCCUCCGCCUCCACCUCCUGCACCAAAACCCCCUAAUGCUCCUCCACUUCCAACUCGAGGUGCUGCACCAGCUCCAUCCCCACCACCAGGAGCAAAGGAAUCUAGUGCCCCACCGCCGCCACCACUGUCUGUUGGGAAAGGAAAAGUUUCUUCGGCACCAACAACUCAGGGAAGAGGUCGAGGUGCUGGUGUUGCUGCUACUGCCCCAAAGAAAGCUUCAUUAAAGCCCUUGCAUUGGGUUAAAGUUACUCGGGCAGUGCAAGGGAGUCUAUGGGCUGAUUCUCAGAAACAAGAAAAUCAGUCAAGGGCGCCUGAAAUAGAUAUAUCAGAACUUGAAAGUCUUUUCUCAGCUGCAUCUGCUCCAGAUGGUAGUGGCAAUAAGGGUGGAGUUCGACGUGGUCCUAACAUCAACAAACCCGAAAAAGUGCAAUUGGUCGACUUGCGUAGAGCAUACAACUGUGAAAUCAUGCUAUCAAAGAUAAAAAUUCCUUUGCCAGAUAUGAUUAAUGCGGUUCUGGCUUUGGAUUCUUCCACUCUGGAUAUUGAUCAGGUCGAGAAUCUCAUUAAAUUCUGUCCCACGAAGGAAGAAAUGGAAGUACUGAAGAAUUAUACAGGUGACAAAGAAAAGCUGGGAAAGUGUGAACAGUUUUUUUUGGAACUAAUGAAAGUUCCACGAGUAGAAUCCAAAUUGCGAGUAUUUGCUUUUAAAAUCACCUUUUCUAGUCAGGUGGAUGAUUUAAGAAAUAAUCUUAAUACAAUUAAUAAUGCUGCGAGAGAGGUGAAAGAAUCGGUAAAAUUGCGUCAGAUAAUGCAGACAAUUCUUACCCUGGGGAAUGCUCUGAAUCAAGGCACUGCACGAGGAUCUGCCAUUGGAUUCAAAUUGGACAGCCUUCUUAAAUUGUCUGAUACUCGCGCAAGAAAUAACAAGAUGACUUUAAUGCAUUAUUUGUGCAAGCUCCUUGCUGAGAAAAUGCCAGAGUUGUUAGAUUUUGAUAAGCAUCUUGUUCAUUUGGAAGCUGCAUCUAAGAUUCAAUUGAAAGUUCUGGCUGAAGAAAUGCAAGCUGUGAGCAAAGGUCUCGAAAAGGUUGAGCUAGAGCUUGCUGCUUCAGAAAAUGAUGGUGCUAUCUCUGUGGGCUUCCAGAAGGUUCUAAAGAAUUUUCUUGAUACUGCUGAAGCUGAAGUACGGGUGCUAAUUUCCUUGUACUCCGAAGUGGGAAGAAAUGCAGAUUCUUUGUCCCAAUACUUUGGGGAGGAUCCAGCUCGAUGUCCUUUUGAACAAGUGACGCAAAUCUUGGCCGUCUUCGUGAAGAUGUUCAACAAGUCACGAGACGAGAAUGAAAAGCUGGCUGAUGCUGAGAAGAAGAAACUAGAAAAAGAAGCGAUGAAAGACCGGACCGCGGCUAAUUCAUCUGCAAAGAAAGAUGAAGAUAGAGUCUAUUCUAUCUCAGAGGCUAUUCUAGGAAGGGCAAAAGUCAAACAGUAGUCCGGAAUGCUGGCUGAUGAUGAGAAGAAGAAACCAGUGUAAAAAGUCUGAAAGACUGAAGCUUGGCUUACACGUGCGAGGAAAGGCGUAGGUCAAUUAUGGCAUGAGUUGUUACUUGGCCAAAUUAAAUUUUGGCUAACUUUUAGAACCAGCAAAGUUGACUUAUAACAUCAACUAGAACGUUUCUGAAGAUCAAAAUGCUGGACUCGUGCCACCAGUUUUUAUACUCAAACCGGGGUAGCUUGCUGUUUAUACAUGAACUGAUUUACAAAUCCAACUCUUCAACAUGCCGUACUGGUUGACGUUCUCUAUCCUCAACAGAUUUUUCUGUCCGAACUGGAUUAGCGGUCACACAAUGUAGCUUGCUUAAUUGUACUAGAGCUGUGAAUAUAUGCGAGGAGAAAUCCUCAGAAACAACAUUUUGUAACACAAAAUUAUCUAUAAAGAAACAGAAGUUUUGCAACA